GAAAAGCCGGAAGUGCCGCUGCCAGAGGCCUACGAGGGCCUCUUUAGCCGAAGCUAGGCUCUCUUCUUCUCCACCGCAGGCAUUCCGAAGGAUCCCGGCUGUACCGGAGCCCGAGCUAGGAUCAGAGGGCACAGUCUGGGUGGUGGCAGUGGAGGCCACGCGGUGCUAGGGGAGCGUGUCGUGCGUCAGGGAUUGGCUGUCCCGCUGAUCAAUCACAAGGGGUGCCCAGAAGGCCAGGAACCAGAGAUGGCCAGCGAGAAGGAGGCCACCCAGCCCCCUAAGAGAAAGAAGUUCACCAUCCCCCUGGAGGAGGCUCCACCUCUGGAGGUAAAGUCCUUAUUCAAAUCCAGCCGGAUCCUUCCUUCACCUGCCACCUCUGUCCAUGAGGCAACUCCAACCUAUGCCAACUAUACAACAACCAGGCUCUGUCCUGGAGGGGUCCAGGCAGAAGCCGCUCCCCAAGGGGCCGGCCCCGAAGCCGCUCCCAGCCUGGGACCGCCUGCAGAAGAGAUCGCCAACCAGGGCCCUCAGGCCCCCAAACCUCAGACCAAGAGCAGUACCAUCACUGUGAACCCCCGACAGAGGGGGAAUCCUGUCCUGAAGUUCAUAAGGAACGUGCCUUGGGAAUUUGGAGAAAUUGUCCCCGACUAUGUGAUGGGUCAGAGCACCUGUGCCCUCUUCCUCAGCCUUCGCUACCACAACCUGCACCCCAAUUACAUCCAUGAGCGUCUGCAAGGGCUGGGGAAGAACUAUGCACUUCGAGUGCUCUUGCUACAAGUAGAUGUGAAGGACCCUCAGCGUGCCCUGAAGGAUCUGGCUAAGAUGUGCAUCCUGGCUGACUGCACACUGAUUCUAGCCUGGAGCCCAGAAGAAGCCGGGCGGUACCUGGAGACCUACAAGUCCUAUGAGCAGAAGCCUGCUGACUCGCUAAAGGAAAGGUUGGAGCAGGACUUUGUGUCAAGGAUCACCGAUUGUCUGACCACAGUGAAGUCAGUGAACAAGACGGACAGCCAGACGCUGCUGGCCACCUUUGGGUCUCUGGAGCAGCUCACAGCCGCCUCUCAGGACGACUUGUCCCUCUGCCCUGGCUUUGGGCCUCAAAAGGCCCGGAGGCUCUUUGAAGUUCUACACCAGCCCUUCCUGAAGGUGCCCUGAAAAACCAGGGCUCUGCUGGGCGGGGAGGGUCUCAGGAUGGACACCAAUAAAGCAUGAACACCA